AAUUACUAAAUUUAUCCAAUUGCUUUUCAAAACGUAAUGCAACCACUAUUCAUCUCACUCUUGUGAUUUGAGAAGAUUUCCAAUGUCUUUUCCUUUGAAUAUAUUACCUCUUCGCGUAUAUCGGAUAUUUUCCUCCUUUCGCCAACUCAUCCCACAUUGGGGUACUGCUAAUCUCAGAUUCCAAAUUUUACGCUAGACUGCGUACCUUGUCCACGGUGGGUUGACGCACAAUUGGCACAAACAUAAUAGCACAUCUGGUUCCAGCUACAGGUCAAUAGUUUGGCUCGCCAUUAUUCUGGUAAUCACUAACCAAUCGGAACAUCAAUCUUCAGGUAGAGAAUGUAUUUCUGUUCUUAGAGAGGAAGACAUACAAUCACAUGAGGCAACACUUGGUUAUGGACACCUUGGACUGUUCAAGAGGAGUGUGGAGUGUACGGUUCGGUGAAUAACAUCCAAGUGCAAUGAAGGUUUCUCUUUGAUGACGUUGAUACCUGAUCCAUUGGUUUUACCGAGAAACAUAAAAAAAUGUUUACCAAUAUUCUUGCCACUAAUACCAGGGGAGGUCCCACGACCACAAAAAGUCCAAAACCCGUAUACCUACAAAGCCAGGAAAGUUCAAGUAAUGUUUUACAUUUUUUUGUGGUUAAUGUUCAGGUUAGCAAUAUGCGUGAAAAAUGUCCUUCACUUCAUGUAUGGUGGUGCAUCUUUUGUGACAUACAAUCAGGAAUGCUUUACUGUAAUUUAUUCUCUGCAUAAAUGAUGUGAAGAUAACAAUAGUUUGGUUAGUUAAUUAAAAAAUGUGAAUACAAUGUAGUAAUUAAAUAACGGCUAAUAUAUAUGGCCAAUAUCUGACUUCAUACAUCUAAUUUUCCAAGCACUCCAUUGGUAAUCAUUGUAAAAUUAUAUUUUUGAGGAGUCAGACUUAAGGACAUGACAAAACAACAGAGGAGUACUGUUUACCCGUGGGGUGCUUCCGAGGGCAGCACUUCUGAAAUGGUCACAGUUGAUGAUGAAUUUGGUCCAGUUACAACUUACAAGUGUUAAAUGGGCUCCCAACGGAAGGCAUGUUGCUGCUGACUUGAAUAAUUUUGAUGCCCAGCUGUGGGAUUCCACGAAUAACACAUUGAGCCUUGAUGUUUGCAUUCUAGCAUCUGCUGCAAGUGAUGAAACACUAAGAUUCUGGAAUGUUAUAAGAACCCCUGAAGUCAAAAAUAGGUAUAGAUUACUUGUUCAAGAUCUUUGUUUUUCACGAUAAUGUUGUCUCUAAACGAUGAUAUCAGCGGUGAGGACUCUAAUGCUGGCAGUAUUUCUGAGUAAUGACAGUAAUGAAAACACUGAGGGUGAUCAAACUGAAAGAAUUACACGCAUUCUAGGAUGCAUAUUUAAUAGAAUUCACUUCAAAAGAGGUUAUAAUACAUAACAGCAGGAAAUGAUGACAUCUACAAGUACGUUGAACUCCAAGAUAAACAGCAACUUCAAAUCAAAGUGGAAUAACCUGUUGUUUUACUAUGAAAGCAUCAGGGAUACCAUGCAGAUUUACGUGGCUUAUUAUCUGCACCUGUCGUGAUGGGACCAUUUUAUUCAUUUGGUGGUCGUACAUCUUUACAUUAUCUCCUUUCAACGCUUCCAAUGUCCUCUAGACAACUAAAUCUAACUUUUGGAG